UUCAAGCCGAGUGAGGACAGGGCUUGGGGUCGGGGGGUGGGGGAAGAAAGCUGAAGCUGACACCCCGCGCUCCCGGACACCGCACGAGCAUCGCCUGUGACAGCGCCCCUGGUCCGGUUGAGGGCAGCGGGGGGAGGAGGGAAGGAGGAGGAAAAGGCGGAGGAGGCGGGAGCAGCAUCCGGAGCCGAGCUGCAGCAGCGCCGCCUUUUGUGCUGCGGCCGCGGAGCCCCCGAGGGCUCACCGCUCCCCACCGCACCAGGCCCGAGGCUAUGGCCUGCCUCCAUGAGACCCGCACACCCUCCCCUUCCUUUGGGGGUUUCGUGUCCACAUUAAGCGAGGCGUCCAUGCGCAAGCUGGACCCAGACACUUCCGACUGCACCCCUGAGAAGGACCUGACGCCUACCCAGUGUGUACUUCGAGAUGUCGUGCCGCUCGGGGGGCAGGGCGGGGGCGGGCCCAGCCCCUCCCCAGGUGGAGAGCCGCCCCCUGAGCCUUUUGCCAACAGUGUCCUGCAGCUCCACGAGCAGGAUGCAGGGGGCCCAGGGGGAGCCGCUGGGUCCCCUGAGAGUCGGGCAUCCAGAGUUCGAGCAGAUGAGGUGCGGCUACAGUGCCAGAGCGGCAGUGGCUUCCUGGAAGGCCUCUUCGGCUGCCUGCGCCCGGUCUGGACCAUGAUUGGCAAAGCUUACUCCACGGAGCACAAGCAGCAGCAGGAAGACCUUUGGGAGGUCCCCUUUGAGGAAAUCCUGGACCUGCAGUGGGUGGGCUCAGGGGCCCAGGGCGCUGUCUUCCUGGGGCGCUUUCAUGGGGAGGAAGUGGCUGUGAAGAAGGUACGGGACCUGAAGGAGACCGACAUCAAGCACCUGCGGAAGCUGAAGCACCCCAACAUCAUCACCUUCAAGGGUGUGUGCACCCAGGCUCCCUGCUACUGCAUCCUUAUGGAGUUCUGCGCCCAGGGCCAGCUGUAUGAGGUGCUGCGGGCUGGCCGCCCUGUCACUCCCUCCCUACUGGUUGACUGGUCCAUGGGCAUCGCUGGCGGCAUGAACUAUCUGCACCUACACAAGAUUAUCCACAGAGACCUCAAGUCCCCCAACAUGCUAAUCACGUACGACGAUGUGGUGAAGAUCUCCGAUUUUGGCACUUCCAAGGAGCUGAGUGACAAGAGCACCAAGAUGUCCUUUGCAGGGACAGUAGCCUGGAUGGCCCCUGAAGUGAUCCGCAACGAGCCUGUGUCUGAGAAGGUUGACAUCUGGUCCUUUGGUGUGGUGCUGUGGGAGCUGCUGACGGGUGAGAUCCCCUACAAAGACGUAGACUCCUCUGCCAUCAUCUGGGGCGUGGGAAGCAACAGUCUCCAUCUGCCUGUGCCCUCUAGCUGCCCAGACGGCUUCAAAAUCCUGCUCCGCCAGUGCUGGAACAGCAAACCACGGAAUCGUCCAUCAUUCCGACAGAUCCUGCUGCAUCUGGACAUCGCCUCAGCAGAUGUGCUCUCCACACCCCAGGAGACUUACUUUAAGUCCCAGGCAGAGUGGCGCGAAGAGGUAAAGCUGCAUUUUGAAAAAAUUAAGUCAGAAGGCACCUGUCUGCACCGUCUAGAGGAAGAGCUGGUGAUGCGGAGGAGGGAGGAGCUCAGACACGCUUUGGACAUCAGGGAACACUAUGAGCGGAAGUUGGAGAGAGCCAACAACCUGUACAUGGAACUUAAUGCUCUUAUGUUGCAGCUGGAGCUGAAGGAACGAGAGCUGCUCAGGAGAGAGCAAGCUUUGGAGCGGAGGUGCCCGGGUCUGCUGAAGUCACACCCUUCCCGAGGCCUCCUGCAUGGAAACACAAUGGAGAAGCUCAUCAAGAAGAGGAAUGUCCCGCAGAAGCUGUCGCCCCACAGCAAAAGGCCAGAUAUUCUCAAGACAGAGUCUUUGCUACCCAAACUAGAUGCAGCCCUGAGUGGGGUGGGGCUCCCUGGGUGUGCUAAGGGCCCCCCCUCACCAGGACGGAGUCGCCGUGGCAAGACCCGUCACCGCAAGGCCAGCGCCAAGGGCAGCUGUGGGGACCUGCCCGGGCUUCGUGCAGCUGUGCCACCCCAUGAACCUGGGGGACCAGGAAGCCCAGGGGGGCUAGGAGGGGGACUUUCAGCCUGGGAAGCCUGCCCUCCAGCCCUCCGUGGGCUCCACCAUGACCUCCUGCUGCGAAAGAUGUCUUCAUCAUCCCCUGAUCUGCUGACAGCAGCACUGGGAGCCAGGGGCCGGGGGGCAACCGGGGGAGCUGGGGAUCCUGGCUCCCCGCCUCCAGCCCGGGGCGACACUCCCCCAAGUGAGGGCUCGGCACCUGGCUCCACCAGCCCGGAUUCACCAGGGGGAGCCAAAGGGGAGCCACCUCCACCAGUAGGACCUGGUGACGGUGUGGGGCUGCUGGGAACAGGAAGGGAAGGGACGGCGGGACGGGGAGGAAGCCGGGCUGGGUCCCAGCACUUGACGCCAGCUGCACUGCUGUACAGGGCUGCUGUCACCCGAAGUCAGAAGCGUGGCAUCUCAUCAGAGGAAGAGGAAGGGGAAGUGGACAGUGAGGUAGAACUGGCCUCAAGCCAGAGGUGGCCUCAGGGCCUGAAUAUGCGCCCGUCACUAUCUACCUUCAGCUCAGAGAAUCCUUCAGACGGGGAGGAAGGCACAGCUAGUGAGCCUUCCCCCAGUGGCACACCCGAAGUCGGCAGUACCAACACUGACGAGCGGCCAGAUGAGCGGUCUGACGACAUGUGUUCCCAGGGCUCAGAAAUCCCACUGGACCCACCUGCUUCAGAGGUGGUCACUGGCCCUGAACCCAGCUCUCUGGCCAUCCCACACCACGCCCUACUCAGAGGGGAGGGCCCUCCCAACUCUGAGGACUCAGACUGUGACAGCACUGAACUGGACACCACCAACAGCGGUGACGUCUUGCGGCCCCCAGCCUCCCUCCCUCCAUGAAAGCUAUUCUUAGCCUUGUACAUAGAGAAAUAUUUAUAUAAAUAAUAUAUAUGCGCCACAUAAUCAACAAAGACAGGGCUGUCCCAGCCUUAAGUAGGGCUCAAGGGAGACUGACCCCUGACCAAGUCACCUGAUAAACUCUAGGGACACUGGCAGCUGUGGAAAUGACAGACAAGUACUGCCCUAGAGCUAUGGGUAAGGGCAAACUGGCCCCUUCCUGCUUCACCCUGAUCCAUUCAGCAAGUGGUGAGGCAACAGAAAGGCCAGACUCGCCUGCGUUCCUCUCUAGUCUUUCUGCCCAAACCUGGAGAAGCAGGAAAGGGAGCCAUUUAGACUGCACUUUUUUUGUUUUCCGUUUACUGUUUACAUUUUGCACUUGGGAGGAGGGAGGCUAAGGCUGGGUCCUCCCCUCUGAGGUUUCUCAGGUGGCAAUAUAAUUUUUGUCCCUCCAUUCCUCUGCCUAAGCCCUGGCUUAGGAGCUAGGGGGAGGCCAGGAGAUUGUGAAAGCAUGUGAUGGCUCAGGCUGAAGAACUGGGGUGUUGUUUUAAGUCCCUUGCUUUUAUCUUGGUGCCUGAUUGGGGUGGGGACUGUCAUAUUGUAACCCCUGUGAAAAAACCCUGAAAUAUAACCACUCCAUGCAGGCCCAGCUGUUGAGGGUUUUCUUGGUGAAUGAAUGGGGUGGCUCGCAUGGUUAAGUAGGAGCCUUGAGCUCCAGACAUUAUUUGAGGACUCCAGCUGAGUGACUUCCUCUUUUUAUGCUUUUCUCACAAACUAAAAAUCAACUAGAGCUCCAACCUUCUAAUAUCAGCACAAAUGGGAGCAGGCUCAUCUUUAUAAAGGAUUUUAGAUCUAUUCCUAUAGAUCAUUCCUAUUAUCACACCCAUUCCUAUUAUGGACACAAAACUAUAAAUCAACAGUUAUUAAACACGAGAGACUAAAUCAACAGUUAUUAAACACUGGAGACUGAAGUUUUAAGUCUGGACAAGGGAACAGACAUUCCCAGCAACCUGAAUCCCAGGAGGACACACACAUCCAGCUGCUUCCAUGUGUAGGCACAGGCGUCCUUCCCACCCACUCACAGAAGUGCUUGCUUACUCUUUGAAGACACAUCCUAAGAAAGGUAACCCCCAAUCUUUUGGACCAAGGGAACACACAGCCAGCCUGCUAUAGUUGUGAGGUCUCUCUGCAACGCAGACCCAAGGGAAUAUUGGAUCAAGGGCUCCAGAAAAAGAUGGAAGUGGUAAAACAGAAGAAAACAUCUUCACUGGAAUAAAGGCUUAUAUUCAAAACCCAAGCAGGGUCCUUGUCCUCUGAAGGAUAAAAGGUGCAAAAAUAACAGCAAGACACACCAGGAAUAAAACCCACAUGAAUCACUGUGGCAUCCAGUUUCUAUUCACAAAGAAAAAAGCUCCAGUCCAUCUUUUAAUUUUUUUGAAAAAUUCCUGACAUUACAGAACUAAACUGAAAUGUAUUAAUAUUCCACUCUUACAUUUCCAUGACAAACAAAAAAAAAAAAUUUCAUGAGCCAAAAAAAAAAAAAAAAACAAA